UAUAAGAACGAAAUGUGCGCUACAAGAAAUGGUGUUACAGACGGAAAGCUUCUGGACGCAGUACUUUAUUGUGCAAAAGAACAGUACUUUGACAAUAAAUUUAUGGUAUGGCCUAACACAAACAGUAUUCCAGAAGACUGCAUUGUGCAUUUUAUCUAUCGUGGCAGCACAGAAGAUAUAUCACAUUUGAAAUGCUAUACAGAUUUAAUUGACACUUGUCCCGAUGAUGAUUUUAAUAUAUCUUCAUUUGAAAUAAGUCUUCAGAAAGAAAAUGUCAUUAAAAUGUGUACAAGUGGGCUAGUUUCGCCAUUUAAGACAAUCAAUAUGUACGCAAAUGUUUUCUGUCAUAUUUGCAAUGAAGGGUUUUACGACGAUAUCUAUUUUUGUGAAGUACACGACGGUAACGUUCUUCGAGCCUUUGACGAUCGAUCAUUCCUCGGGCUAAUUGAUGGUAUAUUUCUAACAGAAAACAACAAUGAAAGGAAGACAGAGAGUCAAAGCCACCCGAUUAUAUGUAGUCCUGUAAAGACUGAAAAAUGCAAAGUUGUACAUUGCCCCACGGGACAACUUCGAACACUCAAUGGUGAGUGUGCGUACUCUACAACGGUCUGGUAUAACCAGGAUUUUACGGUAUAUUUAAGUCUUAGCCUUACUGUCCCUAUCAACGUUUACGAUGUGUUUGAAAUUUUGCCUGGAAAACGGAUAUUCAAAUUACCUAAUUUUAAAUCACCUUGGCCGAAAAACUGGAUUGUGACAGAACUCUAUUACCGGAAGGGACCAUAUUAUGAUGGCCGACAAGUUACAGAGCUUCAAGUUCGCAUUCAAAAUAAAAUAAAUUCAGUUAAUCCUGGGCACAUCAUGCACACAAUAAAGACGUGUGUUUAUAAACACUGGACAUUGAAGACAAGAGAUAAAAUAUUGGUGUUCCAAUCUAGAUUCCUGCCAAACAUUAUGACAUUGCAUACUUCACCGGACUUUUCAUCGCUGUUCAUUGGGGUUAGAGUCUUGAUGAAUGUAUUUCAUGUUACUCGGCUGUUUAUUUGCGACCAGGUUGAACUUGAUCAUUCGGAGUUCAGUCUGACUGCAAGUGACACAAUACUUCAUACAAAUGUAUCAAAUCGUAGAAUGUUCAGUGGUGAGUUUACGUUAGUCUCAAGUCCGUCUUUUGAUGGACUAAGGGCUAGGAUAUGCGUCGAAGAUUUUGAAUCGAAACGCUCAGGUGACAGAGCUUUAUUUAGAAUAUGUCUUUUGGAUUUUUUUUGCAUGUUCCUGUGCUUUCAAAAAUAUUUUUUAUAAAACUAUUUAAAACCAUCCAGUGUUAAUUGUAUGUAUACAUUUUGUGUUGUACAACAAAAUUAUUGUGAAAACGGAAUCGGUGAAAAAAGA